AUGCCACUCUUUGCCGAUAAGAACAUAGCCGCCAGCAGCUGUGGGAACAGAAUGAAACUGCCUGCCAUUCGGGCGGCACACGCACCCCCGCCGUCCUCAGGAGAAACAGAGUCUUCUGCAGACGAGUUGAUGCGGCUGAAACACCUCCUACAGUCGCAGCAGGACCGCUUAAAUGAGCGCUGCCAGCUCUUCAUGAGUAAGAGUUGGAAUUCAAAGAACAGCAAUAACGGCGAUACCUUCGAACAACCAGUAAAUAUGUCGAUGCGGGAAAACCUACCGCAGAGAGCAGUCAAGGAAGUUGCGUCACUAAACUUCAGUGGAACACGAGGCAUCCCCAGACAUGCCUCGUUUACCCCGCCGACAGACGUGCCUCAUCUGGCGGUGGGGAUGCAGGAAGAUAAGCAGCUGCAUGCGGAGGAAAGCGAUCAGGAUAGCGAAGUCCAGCAGCUUGAGGAAGACCUCAACCGCCGCCACUCACGCAUCAACCGCAUGCAGCACGAAAUGGCACGUGCGUGGCGGGCACCACACCGUAAUGCUUUGGCAGCCGUCCAGCCUCCACUGCCACCCGUCUUGCUAGCCAACAGUGAUCGUGAAGUGGCGGAGAUGGCGGCGUUGGUCUACGAUUUCGCCAACGCACCUAGAAAGAAGAAUUCGACUGAUUCGCGCGAUGUGCCCAAGCUCCCGCAGCUGGUCGACACCAGCAACAUGGAUGAGCUUCUGACGAGUGCAAACGGUUCCACACCCAGCAUGCUGGGCGACGCAGACCACUCUAUGGGGAGCAUGACGAUGGAUCGCCUGUCGAUGCGGUCGAGCAGCAUUCUCCGCGUGACAGACGGGGCGGUCGCCUUGAUGGAGCUCCUGGCGAACCAGCGCGACGUGAUCCUGCCAUCACCCAGCGAGAUUGGCGUCGCGCGCAGCGGCGAUGUUCUCUCCGCGUACCACGUUCUCAAGGUUGACCUACAGGACGCGCUGCGGAGCCGCAAGGGACCAACGGGUAUCAUCGCCGGAGCCCCUUUCUUCCGUAUGGUGCCGAAGCUUAACAUUGGAGGUGUCGCGCAGCCGAAUAUCAGUUCGAUUUGUACAAUUGUGAAUGAGCUGCGCCGCGCCUCUGACGGCCACGUUGAGUGGGUCAACCUCCGCGAGGAGCCGCUAAUUUAUGUCAACAACGAGGCCCAUAUUGUCCGAGAACGUAAAGACCCUUUUCACCCUAUGCUUAUCCCGAACGUCACCGGCCGGAGCAUCGCGCAGAUCGAGGAAAAGCUCAAGCAAGAAGUUCUGAAGGAGGCACGCGAGAAUGGCGGAAACAUAAGUGUGCACAUGGAGGGAAAGGAAGGUGUCAUGGAGGACCAGUGGGAGUGCGCGGAUACGGGCCAGGUGUUCACGCUGCAUGAGGUCUUCAACAUGCUGCGGCCGAAUGUGACGUACUACCGGCGCCCCAUCACACGCAACGUCGGGCCGCAACCGCAAGACUUUGACUUCAUAUAUGACCUCUGCAUGGAGGAUCCACGGGCUGUCAUUGUGUUCAACUGCCAGACCGGACGGGGGAAGACAAGUGCCAUGAUGAUGAUCGCCAGCAUUGUGCGCUUCUACCAGCUCUGUGCACAAGACGCGGCAGUCGAUAUCCGAUUAUUGCGGAGUGACACGGGCUGCUUUCAUUUCCGCACCAUCAAGAAGAUUGUCUCACUAAUUCCAGACGGCAAAAUCCACGAACGCCGACUCAUGGUACUGCUGGAACUCUCUGACAAGGUUUACUCCAUUGCAGAGCACAUCAGUGCCGCGUUCAAUGCAGGCACAGCCACUGCUGAAGAGGCCAUUAUGCAUCUACAGCAGUACGCCUAUUUCAUUGUCUUUUCAUACUACUGCGAGCAGCGUCUGUGGAGCUACAAUACCAAGGCUCCAUUCAGUGUCUGGCUUUCGGAGAACAACGAGUUGAAGUUCUUGAUCGCCAGCAUUCUGUCGAUGGAGGAGGAGUACAAGGAGGAGCGCAUCGCCGCCCCCCUCGCACAUGGGGAGGAAGCAUGGGCAGCCAAUAUUGUGCGCAAACGUCGCGGUAAUGUCUUGAGUUCCGGCCGUAUCUUGUGCAGCGUGCCGAUGGAAACAGACACUGUUGGUGGCGUCAAUGCCCUGCGACAACUGGCGCCAGAUGUGCCCAUCUUUACUUGCGGUCGGCUGUCGGAGGCGGGCCGCCAGUUCCUCGUGUCGGAGAUACGGCAAUGCUUUCCCAACCAGAAGCGCAUUCAGUGGAUUAGCCUCCGUGCCGAACCGAUGGUGUUCAUCAAUGACGUCAGUUUCACCUUGUCCGACUACGACGCUGUUGCAUGCAGCCCGGGAGAGAUGGGCUCGACCAUGCAUGUCUCACUGCAGGCGAUGGAGCAGAUAGAGGAGCGUCUGCGUCGGGACGUUCUUCUUGAGGCGCAGGAGCACAAGGGUGAGAUCCUGCUGCACCGAGUCAACGAGGAGAACAUGCGCACUGCGAUACGCGUCAAGGUGUGCUCUGUUCGCACGCCCAAAUCUACCAUGGCGGACUUUGCCUCUGAAUGCGAUGUUCGAUACCACCGCAUUCCCAUUCCGUUCUCAGGGCACAUGGUGGCCUUGGACAUGGACCCACUGCUGGAGUACUUGAGUAAGUUUAGUGUGGACCAUGAUGUCUUUAUAAUCAACGACACGGAAGGCUCUACACGAACUACAGUGGCGCUCAAUCUGCUCACCGUCUACCGCGCCUCACGUGUGCGGAACCUGCGGCUUCUCACUGGCCCGGAGGACUUCACUGAGGUGCUGCGUGUUGGUCACUCUGGUGUGGUUCUGCCGCACGCGCAGAUCGUCAGCUCUGUGCAAGUGAACUCAAACGAGCUACCUAAAACGCCUGUCGAGCUCCUGGUCGCGUCGACUAUAUGCCAAAUGCUCACAGCAGGUUCACUGUUACGGGUGGUGGAGGGGGCGAUGGACCUUGGUGGACGCGGCACGCGUUGGAAUAUCCUCCAUGCCCUGAACCGCCUGAAGGAAGAGAUCAUGAAAACCAGCGCCAACAAGGUGAAGGUGAUGCGUGAAGCCGUUAGCAUGGUGCGUACGUACCUCCUGGUGCUAUUGUGCACAAUCUACAUUGACUCUGUUGGUGACGUUAGCACGUCGGAACCAUUUAGCGACUGGGUGGAAAAACGGGUCGAGGUGGCCAAUAUCAUUGCUAACCUGGACCAGCGUGCGGAACACACCAUCAAGUACGUGGAGUCCCACAACCUUUUGAAGGCGGAUGUGUCGCGCCGCAACGGCGACGUGCUGACGGCGAACUUCGCGCUCAAGGCGGACCACUUCCCAGGCUGCCAAAAGAAGGGACUUGUACCGGAGGUCUGUGGGGCACCGAACUUCCGCAAGGUGGAUAACGUUAAUGUGUACGGCGUGGCAAUUCCGACNCUGAUGGGCAUACACAACAUCCUUUCAGUCCUCGGUGCUGCUCAGGAGCCUCUGAGAGCAUACCCCGGAGAGCAAAACGACAAGAACAUGUAUAUUGCCUUUGCCGCCCCGCGGCUGUUUGACCCGCGAUUCCGUCCUGAGGAGCUGUCGAAGCCACUCCGCGGCCACGUUGUAUGGGUUAACCUGCGCGAGGAGCCGAUCUUGUACGUUGGCGAUCGGCCCUUCGUGUUCCGUAACCUUGAGGCACCGUACGUGAACGUGGAGCUGAGCGGCAUCGCCGCAAACAAGGUGGAACAUGUGGAGACACAGCUGCGGGCCGAUGUGCUGAAGGAGGCAGAGCAGCACAACGGCAUGUUCCUCGUGAAUGAUGAGGGCAACCCCGGCGAGCUCGUCGGCUUGUGGGAGAAAGCGACCACGGAGACAGUUAAAACCGUGCGGGAAGUGUAUAACGAGUUGCUGACGCAGGACUACCGCGUCUCGCUGCUUCGUCUCCCAGUGACGGAUGAACAGAGCCCCGACGUGGAGGACUUUGACGCCCUCGUUGCAGCGUUGCUGCCACGCAUCACGGCACACAUGGACCGCCGCGAGACACUGUCCUUCGUCUUUAACUGUCAGAUGGGGCGUGGCCGCACGACGACCGGAAUGGUGGUCUGCUGCCUGUUGAUUGGCCUCGUCAUUCCCGAGUACUACAAUGAGCUGGACAUCAUAUUUGACCCGCUCUACCACCCCGAUGAGUCUCCGCUCUCACGCGGGGAGUACGGUUGUAUUGUGCAACUGAAACGUGUGCUGACGGGUGGGCGAAGUGCAAAGCAUCACGUGGACCUUGUCAUUGAGGCAUGCUCCAAGAUGCAGAAUCUACGUACCGCUAUUGAGUCCUUUGCACUGCAGGUGAAGUCCCCCGACGUUACGGAGUCACAGCGUGGACGGGCACACCACCAUGGUGUGCACUACCUCCGCCGUUACUUCAACCUAAUCACUUUUGCUGCGUACCUGCAUGAGGAGUACACCGCGAUGAAGAAGCAGAUGCGCUGCACAUAUGCGUCAUGGCUUGCACAACGACCCGAACUCACCACCCUGUGUGAAUCUGCUGCUCUGAAAUAG